AUGAGUGCGAAUUCUCAGUCGUCGUCGUCGUCUGCAUCUGCGUCAGAACACAGAGAUCACGAGUCCGAAUAUGCGGAGGAGAUCGAGAAUCCCGGACUCGACAUCCUGUCCCUGUCGCGAGCGGUUAAAGAAAGAAGAGCAGAGUACACUCAUCGACGCAAUAUUCGGGUCAAGGUUGGCACGUGGAACGUUGCCGCCAUCUCCGGCACCGAGAAGGACGUUGGGAAGUGGUUUGUGCAGGGCGAAGGUGUAUGCGAAAAGUUCUCUGGCUCGAAAUGCACACAGGGCCAGGAACCAGAUGCCCCGGCCAGUAAGCAGGAUCAGUCGGAGUCAGAUGGAGACAAGACUGCACCUUUCCACUGCAGCCCCGAAGGGAUAGACCUCUAUGUUCUGGGGCUGCAAGAGGUCGUGGAUGUAUCUUCACCCACGGAAGCUCUCCGACCAUAUGUUGACCCGGCGCCUUCAAAGAAAUGGAAAGAGGCAGUGCACAAUGCGCUGCCUGCCGGGUAUCAGCUUGUCUCUGAAGUCCAGCUGAUUGGGUUGCUACUGCUGGUCUAUGCGUCGCCCGCCAUUGAAGACAGUAUCUCUUCCAUCAGCACGACUUCGGUCGGCACGGGCUUGAUGGGCUACAUGGGUAACAAGGGUGCCGUGGCAGUACGCCUGGUACUAGGAGAAACGGCCCGUCUGGUGUUCAUCAAUUCUCAUCUGGCGGCAGGAUCAGACAAAAAUAGUUUGGAGCGACGCAACUGGGACUCUUCUCAGAUUGUCCAGCGUGCCAAGUUUGAGGCGGUUUCUUCCGAGGACGAUCAAGAAAAUGAGUCAGGCGAAGUCAUUGGAGACGAGGAUUUCACUUUCUGGUUUGGUGACCUCAAUUAUCGCCUCGAUGACAUCCCGGGGGAUGACGUACGUCAAGUCCUUGCCCGGCAUACGGAAAAUGCGUAUGAUAAAGAACGCCAAAAGAAGCAGUCAACGGGCGAAUCUCAACAGUCCACCCCGGAUAACGAAGAAUCGCCACCGCCGUCUCCCCUCGGCGAGGAUGAAACAUACCCAGUCACGGAUGAAGAGAUCGACCCCCUUAAUGAUCCAGCGUCUCUGCAGACUACGAUAUCCUCCCUCUUGCCACACGAUCAGUUGCGACUGCAGAGAGAAAAGGGAGCAGCGUUUCACAAAGGAUGGCGAGAAGGCCAGAUAACAUUUUUGCCGACGUACAAAUAUGAUAUUGGAAGUGUGGCCAUGUUUGACUCAAGUGAAAAGCACCGAGGGCCAAGCUGGUGUGAUCGGAUCUUGUUUCGCACAAAGCGGGAUAAGCUGAAGCACGAGCAACUUGACCAAGAAGCCGAAGUGGCUCGACAAAGGGAUGAGCAGAUGAAGGCUAGUGGAUUGGACAAGGCUGUCGCUGAUGAUAACGUCCUAUUCGAGUAUGACCCAGACACAGACGGGAUCCAUAGCGAUGAGUAUGCAUCGGACGAAGACCAAGCAGACGAUGAGGCGGCUACAGUUGCAUCACAGGACCCUUCUCAAGACCCAAUCCAUUUGGACCACUAUCUAUCUCAUCAAGGCAUUUUGUCCUCGGAUCACAAGCCUCUGGAUGCCAUCUUCACCUUGAGCUUCGAUGCCGUCAACCCUCAGCUCAAGACGAAAAUCCACCAAGAGGUCGCUCGUGAACUUGACAAGGCAGAGAAUGAGGCUCGGCCGGAUCUGACAGUUGUGGUGGACAAGUAUGGAGACCAGAAACAAUCUGAAAAAGACCCCAACGCCGUUGACUUUGGUGACAUUGCCUUUGGCGUGCCAGUCCAUCGAUCCUUGACGAUCGCGAACACCAGCGGCAGUGCAGCGACUUUUUCAUUUGCGGAAAGGCAUACUGAUAAAGACGAAGCCAUUCCUUCGUGGCUGGAGCUUCAUGUUUCGCGCUCGUCAGAGACGGACGACAAUGGUCAAGCAACCGCCUCGUCGUCUGGCAACCACACUCUGCACCCAGGAGAAGUAGCAAAUGUUGAUGUCGUCGCUCACAUUCGCAACAUCGAGCACGUUCGUCUACUCAACAUAAGAAAAGUCAAGCUGGAGGAUAUUCUCGUCCUCCACGUGGACGGUGGCCGUGAUCAUUUCAUCUCUGUCCAUGGGCAUUGGUUGCCCACGAGUUUCGGUUGCACGGUUGAUGAAUUGACGCGCAUGCCUGAAGAGGGCGCUCGCAGCCUAGCCAAAUCGGACACACCUCAUCCAUCCAGCACCGACGGGUCCUCCCAGAGCCGCUUGUCGGCACCCCGAGAGCUAUUCCGGUUGACAGAGGCAAUUUCCGAGUUGACAGAACGUGCCGUUGCUGAAUGGAGCAUGACCAACGGCGAAUCCGAGGAGCAUAAAGCGCCAUGGAAAUCAGAACUCUGCGGGGGCGCAUGGCCUUUCCAACCUGACACAUGGACCCUGAAAGACCCAGAGGAGCGUUCUGCUCUGCAAAAUUGUGUCCACGAAGCCCUCGAUACCAAUCAAGCUCUCGUCGCAGUCUUCCCUCCCGAGAUACCAUCUGUCCAACGACUAGAGGUUCUCGCCGAAACCCUUCUCACAUUCCUUAACUCUCUCAAAGAUGGCAUCGUGACAGCAUCGGUAUGGCAGGAAAUGGAGCAGCAGAUGAUCGCGCGCGAAAAAGCCAAAACCCCACCACGCACUUGGGAAGAAACCCAAGCAUGGGUCCUCGAGAGCCUCGCCUACUCCCCCGCACACAGCGUCUCUUUCACCUUUGUCACCUUUAUGCUUGCGCGUAUUGCCAACGAGGUAGCCCCGGUAUCAUCCUCCACGCCGCAGCCUACACCAAACCACGGUGAAUCGGAAUCAGCAAAGAAGUCAGAGCCUGCGAAUGCAGAACACAUACAACCUCCUACUCCGGCAGCUGCCUCCUUCAUCUCCACCGGCACUUUCCGUCGCAAAAACCGGUCCUCGAGCGCAUCUACUAAUAUUCCAGAUGCGCCUCCUCCGAAUCCCUCGAUUGCCCGUCGUCAGGCAGUGGAGACUGCUUUGGCGUCUAUUUUCGCGCGCGUGCUUAUCUCGGCUUCGGCUUCUUUGCCAGCUAAGGAGAAGGAACGACGUGCAACUGACGAGCGAAGACGGUCGAUCAUUGAGCCGUUCCUCAAGAUGAUUGGAGUUGAUGAUAGGGGUCCGUCAGGAGGUCGGUGA